CCACCCCAUCACACAUGUCAAGUUUUGGAAAAAAUCAAAAAUUCAAAAUAAUGUCAGAAGCUACAUUGUCUACCCGUUCCAGUGUUGCAUCUACAUCUUUUGAUUGGGACAAGAUAGAAUGGUCUAAAUUCAGUCCUGAGGAGAGACACAGGUUACGUCACCGAAUGAUAGAGGAGAAGCACAGAGGUCAUGACCUGAUGCAUGCUGAAAUGAUAUUAAUACUGUUUGCAUCUAUUGGGGUAGCACAAGUACUCCUCUUCUUAUGGAGAAUAAAACACAGGAAAUCCUACCAGGCCAUUACCUUAUUAGGCAUGUGGAUAAUUCCAUUUUAUUUGUGUGUUCGGUUGAGUUUCUGGAGGAUGAUCAUCGCUACUAGGAAGAAGCUUCAUGUCAACACUCCAAAGCCCUGAGACUAUCUAACUACAUAUGUGAUGGGUACUUGCAUGCAUUUUCUAGUAAAACUUUGCCACUUUAUAUCAUCUUUGUAUGGGAAAUAGAUGCUGCUGUGAAAAGUAUCAGUGAAAGAUAAAGAGAAGUGAGACAAGGAGGACUACCAAAAAGUGAAGAAAAAGAAGAGCAGUACCAGGUAGUAGAUCUACUAGAAACAAACAGCUAGGAUGAAUUGUGAAUUUAAAAAAACUGAGAAAGUUGAAUUUAAAUCAUUUGUCACAUUAUUGUACUAUCUAUGUAGUCAUAAAAUGAAAAAAUUAUCUAGGUGUGGUCAUUGUGGGUUAUAUA